AAGUCAACCGUCCACCCUCCCUUCCUAUUGGCUUAGUUGGCCGAGGUCUAAAAAGGCUACCAAUGGAACUCCCAAAAGCGGAGACCUUUUCUCUCAUCAAUCAGAGAAGAAACCAGAGAGAGACCCAAUACAGAAAGUUGCACCAAAAAUCCAUUUCAAGUCUUUGCUCAAUCACUUCGAUCUGCGCUAAAGAGAAAUCUUGGUGAGAGUUUUGAGAGGAUCUGUUUUGGAUGGGGGCUUGCAUAAGCAAUCGGAUUAAGGCCGUGACUCCUCAUACAGGGUUCAAUUCAAAAAAUGUGAGCAGAGAUGGGAAUUACUUUAGUAAUUCAAGUAGCAAGUUCUCAUCGGCUUCCGUACCCAUGACUCCUAGGAGUGAGGGUGAGAUCUUGGAGAUCUCCAAUUUGAAGAAUUACGGCUUCAGCGAACUCAAAAUGGCUACAAGAAACUUCCGCCCUGAUAGUGUAUUAGGAGAGGGUGGAUUUGGUUCAGUUUUUAAGGGGUGGAUUGAUGAGCAUUCACUUACAGCUACCAGGCCUGGGACUGGCAUAGUGAUUGCUGUGAAGAGGCUGAACCAAGAAGGGCUCCAGGGUCACAAGGAAUGGUUGGCAGAAAUCAACUAUUUAGGGCAGUUGCAUCAUCCUAAUCUUGUCAAGUUGAUUGGUUAUUGCUUAGAGGAUGACCAUCGGCUUCUAGUAUAUGAGUUCAUGCCAAAGGGAAGCAUGGAAAAUCAUCUAUUUCGAAGGGGAUCUCACUUCCAUCCACUUUCUUGGAGCUUCCGAAUGAAAAUUGCUCUUGAUGCUGCAAAGGGACUUGCUUUUCUUCACAAUGCUGAAUCACAAGUUAUAUAUCGUGACUUUAAGACUUCUAAUAUCCUGCUUGAUUCGGAUUACAAUGCAAAACUGUCUGAUUUUGGUCUGGCCAGGGAUGGACCAAAAGGUGGUAAAAGCCAUGUCUCUACUAGGGUUUUGGGAACCUACGGAUAUGCUGCUCCAGAGUAUCUAGCCACAGGUCAUCUGACUGCCAAAAGUGAUGUAUAUAGCUUUGGAGUCGUACUUUUAGAAAUUUUAUCUGGCCUUCGAGUCAUAGACAAGAACCGGCCAUCUGGACGACAGAACCUGGUGGAGUGGGCAAAACCUUACCUGAACAAAAAACAAAAGAUUUUCCGUGUUCUAGAUGUUCGCCUCGAAGGUCAGUACUCACUGGAUAGGGCACAAAAGGCCGCUUACCUUGCACUUCAAUGCAUUGCUGUGGAAGCCAAGAACAGACCCAACAUGGAUGAGGUGGUAAUAGCAUUGGAGGAGCUUCAGGACACACCAAAAAGUAAUGAAAACGAGCCCCAUGUAAAUGCUCAUAGCCUUUCCAAUGGAAUUCCUGCUGUCUCAUGCAGAGAUACCGUGAAGGAGGAUUCAAACUUCACUGUUUACCCGAGGCCUUCUGCUACUCUGGUUCAUGCUUAAGGGAAGGAAAUGUUUUUUAAGUAGCAGAUAUAUCUUUUUCUGUUUUGAAGGACUCAUGGCAGGGUCUGGACACAGUUUCAGGAUUCAAGCAUGAAGCAUGCACCAUUACAAUGUUUCCUUGAACAUUGUACAGUUUUUUGCUUUUGUAUAUGUACUAGAGCUAGCUUUUAAAUAUUUUCUGCUUUACACAAGAAGCAUGAAAGGCCCCUCAAUCUCAUGCGUGGUUCCAGGAAUGUGUUUGAUUAUGAUUGAAACCAGAGAUGAUAUGUAAAACGAGAAUUGAGUCUUAGUUUUUUUCUGGGAAUGAAGUGGUCGUGUUGGUUCUA